UUUAUACAUUGACUGCUGAGCUGGUUAACCUACACAUAUACCGGUUAUUUUAUAGCUUGACAGAUGAGCUGGUAAAUCUACACAUUUACUGGUUAAUCUAUAGAUUUACCGAUUUUACACAUGAACCGUAACGUAUUUCCUGGAGAAGUAUAAGUAGUUCUAGUAUGUUUGUGUUUCCAUGGAAACCAUCAAUUGGGACAGACGCGCUGUAGACGUUUGAGGAGGUAGUUAGGGAACGACUGAGUAAGCAAACUGUGUGAGGUACCUUUAAAAAACUUUCAUAAUGUGAAUAUGAUCAACUAACGCGUCCUAUGAAGCGGCUUGGAAAUACACAAAACGAUUCAGAAUUUUCAGUGAUAGGCCUAAACUUCACAGGGAUGCAUUAAUAACAUAGAUUACCAGGGAGACUCAGCACUGAAGGUACUGCGGCACCAACUUAAAACAUUUGAAGCGCUGCGUCAGCAAACAAUGCAGAAUGUCACCGCUGUACAGUCAGAAAUUAAUGGAAUAUUCAGCAAUAGUCGAAAGGACAGCAAGAGUCAACAUGCAAGCCAUUACAAACCUUAUGUUACUAUCUCUCCUACAAAUACAUUGCAGGACGGAAGAAAUGUACCUCAAUCUACACAAGAAGGCUCUUUAAAAUCUCAGUCAACAGAUGCUACAGAUAUCUUGAUGGACAAUACAUCUGCAACCAUGAAUAACAACCUGAGUCAUAACAUUACUUCACCAUCUCAGAAGUCCUUUAAAUCUGUAGUGACAAUGAAAAUGGGAAGCAUGGUGAAAGACAAUAGGAAUGCUGUUUCUGAAAAGACUGAUGUAAUAAAUUGUUUAAAUGUUCCCCAGGGUGUGGAAACAUUUAAUAUUGUGCUUGCUGGUAGUACAGUACUUGACAGAGCAGGACCCAUGCAUAUAUGUUCUGCUGAAAAAACAGCAGUCAAUGGAAAUGUUUUGUCCUUAUCAGAAUGUAAUGAUGAUCUUUGGGGUACACUGGAAAAAAUCAGCAUCACCAGUGAACAAAUGAAAGUAGAAAUGGAUAAAUCACAGACACGGGAAAUAGCUCUAGCACUUAAUCUUCAGCAUCUUAAACACACAAUUAGACUUUUACCUAAAGGAUCAAGAGAUCAGAAAAGCUUUGAAGGCACUGAUGCUAAAUCAAAAAUAUUUGUAUCUAAUAAGAUAGAUGGAAUACAAAAAUCCACGACUUCACUGAAGGAAAACAGUUUGAAUCUUCAUAAGGACAUACAAAGUGGAAGUGCAGGUAGCAGCCCAAGUCAUCAUUGUGACAAUGGGACGUCACAAACUAAUCAGGGUACAGAAAUCAAAAAUCAAGCAACAACUAAUUCUGACAAGUCAGAGUCCAUGUCUAGUAUGAGAAUGGAAAACUUACAAAGUCCUGGUCAUGUUAAUCAUCUAGAAAACCAAAAAGAAGUACUAAGCCCAAUUAAUGGAAAAUCAAACAAACCUAAAGACUUAAGCAGCAAGUCUGUCUUAACUCUCUCACAGUUGAAACAUUCCUCAAAAGAUUUAAGGUUACUGGAAGAGAACUUACUGAACUUUGAGGAUGAUAACUUAUCGUUAAAAUCAGAAGUAAAUCGACUUAAAGUUUUAACUGAGACUCUAAAAGAGCAAAACAUUGUUAAAGAGAGUACAAUUGUUCAGCUGGAGGAGGAAAAGAAAGACCUUCAAAGCAGGCUAAAAAAGACAGAGGCAGAUAGUAAAGAAUAUGUGAAAGAGCUUAAGAAACUUCUUUAUAAAUAUGACAAAGUUAGAAUUCAUUACAAAACCCUUGAUGAAGAAAGGAGACGGCUUACUUCUGAGCAAAAAACAUUUAUUCAUUUGCUAGAUUCUAUAAAAGAGGAGCAGCAAAGAGCACAUGACAAAAUGCUCAGUGUUGUAAAUGAAAAAGAUCAAAUAAAGGAAGUGCUGGAAACAACUAACAAAAACUUUUUGCAGGUCAAAGAUGAGAAAUUAAUGUUACAACGCAAGGUCAUACGUAUGAUGGAGGAAAUUAACCUUAUGGAAAAAGAGCUUGGCAGUAAUCAGCUGGAAUCUCAGCAACUUAAAGAAAGAGGGGCUGCUCUGAGGUCAGAGAAGGAGACCCUUCUUCAGGUACUACAAGAAAUCAAAGAUGAGAAACUUACUCUCGAUAUGACCUUGCAGGAUUCUGCCAAUACCAUACGAACUCUGCAGAAAGAGGUAAAAAGUCUCUCUUCACAAAAGUCAGCAACAGAGAAGAAGCUUCAAGAUGAGAUGCACAAAGUCCAGGCUGAUAGAGUCUUCAACAGUGUGGCCAAAGAAUGUGAGGUUUUGUCAGUAGAAGUGGCAAACCUCAAAGAAGAUAACAAUUUUCUCAAGCAGGAGCUGGAGCAGCAUAUCCAAGAAGGUCUGCAACUAAGAGGCAACAUGUCAAGACUGAAAGAAGAGUGUAAGCGGAUGGAAAACUGUCUGCUUACCGUGCAGAACGAAAAGGAAAUUCUCCAAGUGGAACUGCGACAGUUUCAUAAAGAUUGUCUUGGUCUUAGGAAUGUCACUGGGGCUCAUCUUGGUAGCAAAACACAUGAUACAUCAAGCAGUUCACUGGGGUCGAAAGAAAUGUCAUACUUUAAGGAUGGAGUUAGCAGUCAUCACAGCCCAGAAGGGCACCCGUGUGAUUUUUCUUGGUUGGAAAAAGGCCAUUCUACUCCAGGUUUAACAGAGAGAACAUUUGAUGAAGUAAGGAAGAGAUUUGAAGAAGAAGAAUGGCAGAAGACGCUGAGUUUUAACAAGAUGGGACUAGGCCAGCCACAGAAAAUCUGCAAACUUGACCUGCUUUGUAUGGACAACUUUCUUCAAGAUAAGCAUGGAGAUGGUUGUGAAUCACCCAGAACUAACACACAAGAAGAGGAAUCAGAUGACACUGAUAGUAGCUUUUAUAAGCUUCCCUGUUUAAGAAGAGACCUGCACCACCCAGCAGUGAUGGCAUAUGAAGACUCGAAAGAGAAGAUUCAACGAUAGGAGGAUCCUUCCCAUAUCUCCUCCAGAAUGCUACCUCUUAAGUGAAUCUGGUGGGCAAGUUUUCUGGGAAGAAGAUUCUAAUCCAAAGAUAUUCUCACAAAUAACACCCUGCUGUCUGUGACAAAAAGCUUGUGGCUGUAUUUGAUUGUGUCACUUAAAAUAGUAUUUGUUAAUAUCUUGUCAAAGAAAUUAUUAUCUGCAGUAAAACUAUGUCUGGUGGAGGAUUGUCUUUUGUAAAACUAAGAUCAAAAGGUAAGCUCUGCAUUUGAUAUACUGUAGGAUAUGUUUUAAAUUGAGGGCCAUCAUCACUAAAAGUAUGGGUCACUACUAACCCCAUUUCAAAUUAAAAUGUGCAUAAAAUGCCCAUUAAUAGUUGGGAUCUGUCUCAUUUUAACUUUUCAUUUAGAUACUACCUCUUCAAGGCUAACUCUCGAAGAGCUGGAAUAUGCUAAUACAAUUCUGGAGAAGUACCUGUAUUUAAAAAAA